UCGCCAUCCCCUCCCUCCCUCUUUGUCUUGUCUUGUGUGUUUUAAAGUGUAGUGCGCAUUCUUUUGUUUUUCGCUUUUCUUCAGAUCCGUCUUGUAUAAUCCACCUGCACCUGCACCUGCUACUGAAACUUCAUUUAAGCUAAGCAGCAUUUCAGUUCGUACUUACUUUUUUUUUUUUUUGUUGGGUAAGAAGAAGAAAUAAGACAAGACAAAACCACCAGAUAUGGACGGAGAUGCGCCUUUAGAUAACGCCACCAUUCAGAUUUUGCCUUCCCAAAACAGAUUCCUAUAUAUUGUUGGCUCAACGGAUUUGUUGGAUACCGCUAAAGUUAUUGAAGAUGAGAUGUCUCAGUUGGAGGAAGCCAGAAAGUUUCAUCUUUCUCUAUAUGCUCAGGGUCAUCAAGAUCAUAUUCAAAGUAGCGAAAAAGAUAUAUGCAACUCAAUAGACAUGGUCCCAACAUCCAAAUUCGAAGUCCAGAAUUCAUCAUCAGAAACUUCAAAGAAUGAGCUCUUACGUGCUAUGGAAUCAAGACUUACAGCGUUAAGAAGUGAGUUAGUUGCAGCUUUUAACCAGGUGGUUGGAGAAACCUGCUCCUACAAAGAAAUCUCUCAUCUGGCAAAUUUUUCUGAAAACUUUGGGGCAAAUGAUGUAAAGAAUUUUUUGUGCAUGUUUCUAGAGCUGAGCCAAAAGCACCAAAUUGCAGAUCCCCCAGAUGAUAAAAUGUCUUCAUUCUGCUCGUGCUUCAGUUAA